AUGGCGGGUGCGUGGUUAGACGAUCCGCAUCUUUCUUUUCUCAUUGCUGACAAUCUUUUAAAUGCUGUUGGAGAUCCAAGGAAUCAGCGACUGAAAAGACACAUCAUGGAUGUUAUGGAUCGAUUAAUGUCUUCCAACAAUGAAGUAGAAAUCAUAAGAUCGGGAGGCUGUGCAGAAGGUUUUCGUAUGCAAGGAACAGAUGUUGACCAGAUGCAUGUCAUUAAAAAAAUAAAAGUUGUAACAAAUAUUCCAAAAGAUUGCGGAAAGUAUAGAGCGGUUGUAAGAAUGAUAAAAUCUGCUGAUGAUCCUCCAGGCUAUGUCAAACUUAUUAUUUUGACACCUUUUACGCCUUUAGGACACAUAAGAAAUGCAAUGAAAAAGGUGGGUGGGGAAUAUUAUCUAAUGAAUGAAGCAUUUUUAAGAACAUUUCAAAUAUCUUUGAAAGAAGAAGUUCGUCAUGGCCCUUGUGUCUUGGAAACAGACGAGUACGGGACAGAUCACGAUAGAGCCUAUUGUUUGGAGUACAAGGGUUGGCCAAUCUGCGCAGAGGAAUGGGUCAGACGCAAACGAGAAUAUGGAUGGCCCUCUAAAGAACUCAUCAGCAGAAUAAAAAACACAGGAUGUCACGUGAUGGCAGUAGGAUCGAAAAAGAUAAACUUACAGAAGGAAGAUCUAGCUACAUCAAAUGAAUUACACUGGACAGAGGAUCCACUGCAGUGGAGGCUUUCUUUUUCCGUGGCAGAAAAGAAACUGGUUUACGCCUUUAACGAUACGCAAUUUUUGACAUACGGGAUUUUUAAGCUUUUAAAUCGAGAACUGUUUUCUAAGGAUCCUAUUGUGAUGAAAGGUAUAUGUUCUUACUUCCUCAAAACUGCAUUAUUUUGGACAAUUGAACAAACCCCAUCAGAAUACUGGAAACCAGAGCGGCUAGUUUUUUGUGUUAGUCUCUGCUUUCAACGUUUAAUUGCUUGGAUGGAAAAUGGAUUUUGUCCAAAUUACUUUGUGAGAGAAAAUAACAUGUUUUUAGGAAAAGUACAGGAAUGGCAAUUAGCGUAUAUAUCUACUCAGGUUUCAGAGAUAUACAGAGAAGGUUGGAGGUGUUUACUUAGAUGUCAUUCCUUAUUUCAUCUUAAAACAGCUUUGGAACAUGCUAGACGAGAUAUAACACCAUUUUCAUUUCCGAUCUCAAAUCCAGAGGAAGAUUUCAGAAUUCUUCGGUCAUCCUUCAACAACCCUAUCAGCGACACUAGAAAAGAAAUGAUUCUCGAUAGCGGACUGUUUAGUGAAAUUCUUGCAAGACAAGCAAAACUGCCAUCUGUAGAGCAACUAGAAUUAGAAUUAAAAAAUUCGCUUACAUUAGAGGUAAAAGAAAAAUACUUUGAGACUUUAGAUAUCGAUAUACUGAAGCUUUGCCGCUACCAAACCUUUUGUAAACUUGCACUUUUUUACUUAAACAUCUCUUUGACGGAAACUAAAAGUCGAAGUUGUUAUAAAUAUAUAAGGAAAGCCUUUUCAUACCUAAACUAUGCUCGUUUUGCGGAUAUCAGUAAAGGAAACUUAACUCUAGCUACAGCUUACUAUUGUCUUGGAAGAUUUACAACAGCGCUGGAUCAUAUUAAACAAUACGAGGAAAUUUUAGAAAAUUGUCUUGGUUAUACACGUGUAAGCGUUCGUCAUGGUUGUUAUGCUGUUGGGGACUAUGAGGAAAACUUCUGUGGACGACAAAUGAGUUCACUGGAAAAAGCAUCAGUGGCCGUCUCCUAUGACUUUGAAGUUUACAGGAUGAUGCCGCUUGUACCUAUUGAAAUAGCUCUAGAAAUUUUCCUAAUGAAAAACACUGAAUCACGUCUUGUCAUCCCACCAAAAAUGUACUCGGUAUUUCUGAAAAUUCUUUGUCACUCAAAUCUAUGCAAUUUGAAUGAAGUUCAGAAAUUGUCACAAUCAUUGAAAGAUUGUCCUGAAGAGAUCCACGAAAGUCUACAAAAGACCAACACAGACAAUGUCUACUUGAAGUACAUUAUGCUUGCUGUGACAGCAAUGAAACUAGGGAAUUACGAAGAAGCAUUGCGAUAUUACUGUCUGGCCCAUAACAGUAAGAGAAGAUUGAUGCGGAAUUCUCCCAACUGCCCUGAAUGGCAAACCAGAACGUCUGGAUUAUUUUACAUUGCCCAACUUCUCAGAAUUUUAAUGUGA